AUGUCUGAAUAUGGACGUGUCGUUUUGACAUUAAGUAAUGUUUUAUUACCACCCGAAAAACUUUAUCCAAAUUCAACACCAUCAACAAUUGAAGGUUUAUCAUGGGAUGUUGAAUAUGAUUUAAGAUUAACCGGUUGUGAACUUAUACAAACAGCAUGUUUACUAUUGAAAUUACCACAAACAGCAGUAGCAACUGGUCAAGUUCUAUUUCAUCGUUAUUUUUAUUCUUCAUCAUUUAUUCGUCGUUCAAUGGAAAUCGUCGCCAUGGCUUGUACUAAUCUUGCAGCUAAAAUUGAAGAAAAUGCUCGACGUAUUCGAGAUGUUGUUAAUGUAUUUCAUCAUAUAAAACAAGUUCGAUCCGGAAGUAUGAUUCAACCAUUAUUAAUUGAUCAAGGUUAUAUUGAUAAAAAAAAUGAAGUUAUCAAAGCUGAACGUCGUUUAUUAAAAGAACUUGGUUUUUGUGUUUAUGUUAAACAUCCACAUAAAAUGAUUGCAAUGUAUUUGAAAGUUCUUGAAAAAGAACGUGAAAAAGAUUUUGUACAAACAUGUUGGAAUUAUAUGAAUGAUAGUUUACGUACGGAUAUUUUUCUACGUUUUACGCCCGAAACAAUUGCUUGUGCAUGUAUUGAUUUAGCAGCACGAACUCUUCAAAUUCCUUUACCGAAAACUCCACAAUGGUAUCUUAUAUUUGGUGCACAACCUGAAGAAAUUCGUUAUAUUAUGAUUGCUAUUGUUCGAUUAUAUAAACAUCGACCAAAACCACUUGAUGAACUCGAAAAAAUUGUAAAUUCAUUUCGUGAAAAACGAGAAGAUGAAAGAAAAAAAUUACGACCUGAAUUAGGUAAUGAUUCACCAGCUCAACAACCAAUUAUACAAAAUUCUAUGCCAUCAACAGUGAUUUCUUUUUCAACACCAACUAUUGUACAACCAGAAGUACCUUCUGUGAUUACAACAACUACAGACGAAAUAAUAAAUACAACAGCAACUAUAAAUGGAAAAACAAGUAAAAAACAUGAUCAUGGAAGUUCACGUGAAUCAUCAACAACAAAUAAUCAUCGACAUCAUCAUCGUCAUCAUCAUCGAAGAAAACGAAGUAGUUCUCGAAGCAGGCUAAUGACAUACGAGCGUGCACUUGAAAUUCUAAUUCAGUUGGGAAGAAAUCGAAUAGUAACCGAUAGUUUUAUAGAUAACCUUUAUGUGCCUCCGGGAGAUCCUCCUACUAAAUUCUUUUGGUCCGGUUUCGGAGUUGAUGAGAGUCCUGAAGUGGCUGCUGAAAUAGCUCGUUAUCACAAUGGUGUGACGCUUGAAAUGGUAAUCGAAUUACCUGCGAAUGCUGCUAUCAAAAGACAAAUGUGCAAGUGGCCACAAAAAGAAGACGUAUCACCUAUUGCAGAAGCAUGUCGAGCACAAUCAUCAUCACAAUCAUUGUCUCGUUCUCCAAUUCAUCAUUCUCAAAAGAAAAAGAAAAUAUCUCAUCGUAGUCAAUCACGAUCUCGAUCAUCAUCACGUAAAAAACAUAGACAUCAAAAAGACAAACGACAUCAUAGUAGCCAUACAUCAAAUAAUCAUCGAAAAAAAGAUAAAAAACGACGAUCACGUUCUUCAUCACGUGAUGACAAUCAUUAUUCUAAGAAUAAUAAACAUUCUUUAUCAAACAAUGAUACAAAUAAUAAUAUUCAUCAACGUUCAUAUCAUUAUUCAUUCAAACAAAUAAAUGGUGUUUCUUCAUCAUUUCAUAAAAAUUUCAAUUUAAAAUAA